AUGAGAGCUGACAACAGCACUAAGGACACAACCGAUGCAGUCAGCCCCCCGCCAGCUAACAACAAGCCCGUGGACGGCUGUACAGAUUGGUCAGUGGACUACCUGAAGUACCGGGUGCUGCAGGGUGAGCCGGUGCGGCUGAAGUGUGCUCUGUUCUAUGGUUACAUCCGGGCUAACUACAGUCAGGCACAGAGUGUGGGCCUCAGCCUCAUGUGGUACCGCAGCUCUGGCCUGGGCCACAGCGACUUCGAGGAGCCCAUCUCUUUCGACGGCGUGCAUAUGAGCAAGGAGGAGGAUGCUAUCUGGUUCAGACCUGCAGACCUCCAGGACGUGGGCCUGUACUCCUGCGUGUUACGGAACUCCACGUACUGCAUGAAGGUGUCCAUGUCUCUGACUGUGGCAGAGAAUGACACAAACCUGUGCUACAACUCCAACAUGAGACGAACUGAGAAGGCUGAGCUCAGCAAGAGCAAAGACAUCCUGUGUGCUGACAUAGAUGACUAUGUUGAACCUGGCAAAGAGCCGGACAUCACUUGGUUUAAGGAGUGUGGUCCAAAGCAAUGGCGUGCCAGUAUCAUCCAGAAGAGAGACAUUCUGUCUAUCCAGGAGGUAAAGGAAGAUGACAUUGGGAAUUACACCUGUGAAGUCCAGUUUGGUGGCUUUGUGGUUAGGAGGACAACGGAACUCACAGUCACUGCUCCUUUGACCGACAAGCCGCCAAAGAUCCUGUUUCCCUCGGAAAACAAGAUUAGCAACAUGGAGCUGCAGCUAGGAAGUGCUUUGAAUCUGACUUGCCGGGCAUUCUUCGGCUACAGUGGUGACGUCAGCCCACUCAUCUACUGGAUGAAGGGGGAGAAGUUCAUAGAGGACUUGGACGAAGAGAGAAUCCAGGAAAGUGACAUCAAGAUUGUCAAGGAGCAUCUUGGGGAGCAGGAAGUGGCCAUUUCCCUGACUAUUGACUCCUUGGAGGAGGAGGACCUGGGAAAUUAUUCCUGUUAUGUGGAAAAUGGUAACGGCCGUCGCCAUGCUACCAUCCAGCUCUUUAGGCAGGCAGAGCUCAUGUACACGGUAGAGCUGGCAGGAGGGCUGGGGGCAAUCUUGCUGCUACUCAUCUUCCUCAUCUCUCUCUACAAAUGCUACAAGAUCGAGCUGAUGCUUUUCUAUAGGAGGCAAUUUGGCAGUGAGGACGUGGAUGGAGAAAACAAAGAUUAUGAUGCAUACCUGUCCUACACCAAAGUGGAUCCUGACCAGUGGAGUCAGGAGACCAGGGAGGAGGAACGCUUUGCCCUAGAGAUCCUUCCUGAUGUCCUGGAGAAACAUUACGGCUACAAACUCUUCAUCCCAGAUCGAGACCUCAUUCCAACAGGAAGUCUCACCAAUGAGCAUUACCAGGAUGAAACACGACUCUUUGGAGCCUACAUAGAGGACGUGGCACGUUGUGUGGACCAGAGCAAGCGCCUCAUUAUAGUCAUGACACCCAACUAUGUGGUGCGGCGAGGCUGGAGCAUCUUUGAGCUGGAGACACGGCUGCGCAACAUGCUGGUAACUGGUGAGAUCAAAGUCAUCCUGAUUGAGUGUGCCGAGUUGCGCGGCAUCAUGAACUACCAGGAGGUGGAGGCCCUCAAGCAUACCAUUAAAACCCUUACUGUCAUCAAGUGGCGCGGCCCCAAAAGCAACAAGCUCAACUCCAAGUUCUGGAAGCAGCUGCAGUACGAGAUGCCAUUCAGGCGCACAGAGCCCAUGCUCACCCACGAGCCGGCGCUGGACGUCAGCGAGCAGGGCCCCUUCGGAGAGCUGCAGACCGUUUCUGCCAUCUCCAUGGCAGCAGCCACCUCCACCGCCAUGGCAACCGCCCACCCCGAGCUCCGCUCCUCUUUCCACAACACCUACCACACCACCAUGAGGCAGAAACACUACUACCGCAGCUACGAGUAUGACUUACCCCCAGGAGGGACCCUGCCACCUCUCUCCUCUCUGGGGAACCAGCACACCUACUGCAACAUCCCACUGACACUGCUGAACGGACAGAGGCCUCCUGGGAAGAGCCGAGAGCACAGCCUGGAGGAAGCACACGCUAACAAUGCCAUGCUCCCUCUGCUACCAAGAGAAACCAGCAUCUCCAGCGUCAUCUGGUAAUGAUGAACAGGCUCAGCAUCGGCUGCAGGAAGAUCAGAGCCCGACAUGGCUGGGCUCAGACUGGUGGCUCUUAGGAAUACAGUCCAUGGUUGUGAGUACAGCAAAAAGUGUUUUAGAUCUAUUUCAUUCCAACUGUUGUUAACUGGCACCAAGUGAUGGAGAUACAGCAGGAUUUUGGACACAGUUUUUUCAAGUGGACAGCAGAGGAUGUUUUCUAUGUGGAACUGCAGGAGAUAUAAUAAAAACACUGUUUCAUCUACUAGUGCGAUACAGACUUGCAAGAAGUACACAUUACAGAACCAACACUCUGUGGCAAUCGCGCCCACACUUACACUCACACACAAAUGUGCAUACAUACAAACAAAAGGAAAACAGGGUCUUGUACAUAUAUUUCAAUUUAUUUGUAGCAUCAGUGUUUUCCUGUUUUGUUCUUUUGUUUGUUUUAUUCAAUCAUGUUUGUUGCCUUCUCUACUACAGGACUUUGCUUUAACUUGUUAUACAGAGUUGUAUAUUUUUUAUUUUCACUUUUUAGUAUGAUUGUUUUUAUUCUUAUUUUAAUGUGCUUGUUUGGAAAGCCAGUAUGUCACGUACCUGCACUCUUGUGUUUUGUUUUGUUUGUUAUUAAAUCUUUGUGUAGUUUAAGAGAACAUUUUUUAACACUUUUAAAAUUGCCUGGACAUUUCAGGAGCUUCAAGGAGCUGAAACUUCUUUUUGUUUACCUGUAAAAGGUGUAUCUAGUUUAAACGGAAACUCUCUCUUAAAAAAUCAUAGAAUAUGCAAAAAGAAGGACGAACUGGCAAAAAAUAUACCUUUCUGUGGGACUGAAAAGGAGGAGCAAUUGGGGGGCAGUGCUAGUCCUCUCCAAUCAGAUAGACCGAUGGACUGGCAGGUCUCUCUCUUAAGCUUCAUAUUUUCUAUUGAAACAAACAGCCUUGCUGUUUUAGAGUGAUAGUGAAAUGCCUCACCUUAAAAGGAAAUCUGUAGAUUAUUUUAAAAAGAAUUCUAUUUUUAUAACAGAAAAGAGUUUGCUUGAGAAGUCUUACUUAUUUGCAUUUCAUCUACCAUAGAAAGGGGAUUUGUGUAUAAGUGUUAUGCUGGUUUUGUACACUUGCAAUGUGGUUCCUGGUUUGUUAAGAGGUUACGGUGGCUUCUGAAUUCCACAUGAAAAAAAUAUGUCCUCUACUGUUCUUGAUUCAAAAUUAAGCAUUUUCAAUGUUUUGGUUUAUAAAACAUAUUAUUAUUCCCAUCCUGAUAAUUACUUUGGUUCAUUUGGAUAGUUCAUGUUUAAGGAAAGAAAACAUUUGUGUUUUGAAAGACUUUUUAAAUAUAUUUGAAGGUGUGAUUUUUUGAGUAUGCAUAGCAAAUAGAUAUGUAUUCUAUAUAUAAUAUAGAUAUUUAUAUAAAUAUAUAAACACGAUUUUCACUUGGAAAGAAAUGUCUAUCUUUAUAGAAACACAAUCAUUAUCAGUUGCCGUUACUUUCU